AUGCUUCCUGGCAGCGACCGCGACCGAAACAGCGUUACAGCUACCGAUCAGUGGUUACCGAUAUCGAUACUUCCAAACAGCGACCUGGGUCGCUGCUUCAUGGAGAAUCAGGUCGCCGGGACUAACGGCGACCAUUCAAGUCACCGGGAAAGGUCGCCGGUACCGAUAUAUCGAUCAUCUCUAAGUGGUACACUUGCCAGUUACCUCCGACCUCUUGGAGAGUGUGUACGCUGA